AUGACGGCGAGAAGACAAGCAAAGAAGUUAGUGGAAAGGUUGUUGUUUAAUUUUGCUUUGUGUGAUAUUAAAUGUGUCAUUUGGUUAGGCCAUGUAGCGCCCGAGUUGAUAUGAAGUUGAACUGAAGCUAACGCUACACAGGCAUCUUCCAGUAUAUAUAUAUAUAUAUAUAUAUAUAUAUAUAUAUAUAUAUAUAUGUAUGUAUUACUGCCUUUUUACUUUUCUUUCUUCUCAUUCUUACCUUAUCUUUGUGUUGUAAAUGGCUUUCAUUUUAGUAUUUAUUACUUUUGCUAUCCACCAAUGGGAGUGGCGCUCAAAUUUUGCUGUACUAUGUACAAUGACAGUAAAGGCUAUUCUGAUAUAUUCUGAUAUUCUUCUUAUUCUGAUGAUUCGAAGUAAUAUAUAAGAGUGUAAAAAGUGUCACGACAAGCCCUGGUCUCCCCUUUAUGCCUGACACUUCCUCUGACUUGUAAAAAAAUGCUUUCAAAACGAAAUAGGCUUCUCUUCCUGUGAUGUCCCAAGAGAAAGGGGGGAAUGUGUGUGUGUGUGUGUGUAUGGAAAACAUCUGGAGGUUGGGACCCAACUCUCAAUCUCAUUGGGAGCGGUCUGAAUUUCUUGCUGACGUCGGCCGGCUGGUGCUCAGUGGUUGCACGUGUGAAACUGCUCUGUCACAAAUCUUUCCCAAGCAGCAGCAAAGGGCAGAAACUCCGAGUGCUGAGUUCCUCCACACACACACACACACACACACACACACACACACACACACACACACACACACACACACACGCACACGCACACGCACACGCACACGCACGCGCACGUUUCUUUUUUCACCGAAACGGAUUAAUCGUUGAAUCCUCUCAUCUUCAACGUUACUUAUCUGGCAUAAAGAAGAAUACUCAUAUGUACAAAGAGUAGGUAGGCCUUAUUAAAUCUUCCUCUCUUUUUUUCUGUAAGGUUUUAAUUAAAAUUGAGAUGUCAUUCCCCUUCCCACUAAGCAUUUUUUGGUCUAAAAGAGAUAGACGUCGAAAUGGACACUAGAGAGGACUGGUCUAAAAUCGGGCUACCACAGGUCUACAAAUGAUAGUUUUUUUAGACAUCUAAAUCUGAGCUAUAUCUAUACCACAGUGUAUAUUGUUAACCAGCUGUCAUAAUUACUUUAAGUACUUGGAGAUCAGUUGUGCAACUCACGGUUGCUUUUUGAAUUAAAUAGUUGUCGAAUAAUGGGUUAAAGUGCAACGUCUAAAAUCCGUCUAACAACAUACAGAAUCUACGACCCAGUGUUCUGGUCAUCUAUUAACUUUUGCUCAAAGUGCAGGGGGAAAAACGGAGUCACGAAACGCAGAAAUCUCGUAAUGGCACUGAAUGAGGGUUUCAUUGUCAUCUUUAUUUAAACAGUACUGAAAAAGGGAGGGCUAAUUACGUGACGAGGACGCAGAAAUUACCUGUGAUGAGGUUAAAGGGUGAACAUUUUAGGAUACUUUAGUGGGAUACUUUUGUGAGAAAGCAGGCCUUAUCUUAUUAAAAUGUGACUCCGUUGGUCAACCAUUCAUUUGUCUCACCUCAACAUCCCACCAUUGCACCUAUAUAAAUGAUUAGGGUGUGAAAUUUUGCGAUGGCAUUUAUAGUCAAUCAGAUAGUCCAACUGCACGUACUGCACGUAACAGUGGGUGCGCCACGGUUGGAGAGUUUUAGCUGGACAUCCCAGAAAAAAAAAAAAAACUUCACGUGAUGGAAAGAUGACUCAAAUUUUGGGAAUUAAGGGAAAUUGGUUAUCUAUAUAUCUAGCAGCUGGAAUGAGCUGCUGUCUUUGACCAGCUAAUCCCACUCCUCACCAAGUAAGUGCCUGUAAUUUUAAUUCUCUUCAAUUUAUUCUGUGCGAAGCCAAACACGUCCACACGCGAUAUUAAUUCUGCAACCCCAGUUUUUCCUCUUUUAUAAAGUGUGGCGAAUCCGCAUUUCGCAACCUUGACUUCAGGUUGAGUGUCAUAGGUGAUAUCAAAGAGGAGGGGCUAAUUGUUAGUAUUUAUAGCUACCAGUUAUCGUUGCAUCUUUAAUCUGCAUGCCUCAUUCCCAACUCCACUCUUGACACAUGCUCCAAACAGCUGGCUUUGAGAUGAGUUAUUUUUGGGGUAGGAUGACAUACUGAUACUUUACUGAUUUUGCUCCACAUUAUUUUUCAUUUUUGACAGUGAUAGGGUUUUAACUUGCCUAAUUGAUUUUGCAGUUUGGUUGACCUGUGGCAUCACCAUUGUGUGUGGUAAGUGGAACUUUUCUCUCUUUGUCAAAGCUCAUGAGGCAGGGUCAGUGGUUUGUUGUGUCAUUCUGUACAGGUGAUAUUGAUGAUUUAAAGCACUUGUUUUUUAUUUUUAGUCACCUAUGCUGGGCCGUACUCAGACUUGUGUGAGCCUUACACCCUGUUUAACAACAACUUUAUGGCAUUUGGCACUCUACUUUUUCAAAAAUACACCAGGAUCAAAAAGAUUGUAUUGGACACUACUUUAAAUCAGAUGAAUUAUAUCGCAUUUGCAUUGAACUGCUGCCUCUGCGAGCAAUUUUAUACUUUAAGAAUUUAUUUUUUGGCAUUUAUUAAACAGACUGAAAUACAUAUUGAUUCCAUUUUAUGAUAUCCAAGAUCAAACAUGUAAUAUUUACAUGUUAUGUAAUGUACAAUCAGUGUGAUGCUUUUCAGUUCUGUAUGAGGCAGUGAGAGUUUUAUGUUUCACUGAUGACAUUUCAUCAAGUGUGAACUAAGUCAAGUAGUUUAUCGGUUCGACCACGGUUCAACGUGCCGUUUCAAUUUGUGUGGUCUCAUACUGUAAACUACAGAGCAGUGUAAGCAUCCUUCUUGACCUAUUUUUAGUUUAUUACCCCAGACUUACUGUCUGUUUAUUUUAAGAGCUUCUGUGGGUGUUUUUUUUUUUUGUUCCUGUGCGUGUCUGAUUUGUUUAUAAACCACUCACCCACCCAUUUCCCCUUGUGAAUCACUAUAUUAGGGUGUUGUCAUCCUAGCUUUUGUAUGCCAGUGAGGUUAAUAAUUUAGGAAUUUAAGUGACUCCUAACUCUAAACUGUGUUUGUUAACAGGCACGGGAUCCAGUUCUUCAGAAAACCACUGUAAGAGGCAGGUGUUCCCCUGUGUAUUUUGAAAUAUACUGAUUUAUCUCAUUAUCUCCAGAUACCAACGUUUGUUUUCUUAUUAUAACAAGUUACAGAAUAAUUUUAAAAGCUGGUCACUCUGAUAGUCCAAACCAUCUCAUGAUAUUCUCCCACUGACCACACUAUGUUGUGGGGUAAAGGGCAACACACUGCAACUUAAGACAGCACACACACUCACAUAGACAACGCUGUUCCACCCUGCCUGCACUGACACUUCACAUCGCCACUGUUUAUGUCUUACUAUGUCGGAAGCAAAAUGACACUCUGCCUCUGUGCGUCACACACUGCAGAUGGGGAGUAGCGGAGGUGUAAAUAUCCCAGCUGGUAGCCCAUAAGAGGCAUAAAUCAGUUUAGUUCUUCUACAACUAUGAGGAUAUGAGAUCAUCUAGUAUUAGGUUUCUUAACUGAAAUCAACUCAUUAUGAUGGAAAAACAGAGUAAAAAUUGGAGGGAUGUAUGUCCUCACAGGGCUUCUACAGUGAUCACAUGUUCUGACACACAUACCCAGCUGUUUUCUGUGUAUGAUUUAAUAAUAAUAAUAAUAAAAGUGGGUUUUCAGAAGGGAUUUGAAGGAGGGCAAGUCAGUGCAGGAUCUGAUAUGGACGGGGAGAGAGUUCCAGAGGGAGGUUGUGGCAAUGGAAAGGCUCUGCCCCCCCAGGUUCGAUGAGUCGUUUGGAGGGGUGGGGACAGGAGGUUGACGUCAGAGGAGCAGAGGUUGCGGGCGGCGGGGUUGUGGCGCUGGAGCAGGGGAGCAGAGUACUGAGAAGAAGCCAGUGGAGAUUUUGGAGAACAGGGGUGAUGUGGUCUCUAGAGCGGGUGUGGGUGAGCAGGCAGGCGGCAGAGUUUUGAGUGGUCUGGAGUUUUUUGGAUGAGUUUGAAAGAUGAGCCAUAAAGGAUGCUGUUACAGUAGUCCAGUCUUGAAGUGAUGAAUGCGUGGAUGAGGGUUUCUGCAGCCAGGGGGGAGAGUGAUGGGCAGAGGCGGGCAAUGUUUCUGAGGUGGAAAUAGGCAGUUCUUGUGAUGUGGUUGAUAUGUUGUACGAAGGAGAGGUUCUUAUCGCAGAUGACGCCAAGGUUCUGGAUGUGUGGGGAGGGGAGCAGAGUGGAGUUGUUGAUGGAGAGGACAAAUACAAAUACAUGUUUGAAGACUGAUGCUGAAGUUGUCAGUUUUCUGCUGAACGAUUAAGAGAGUGUUUAUUCCCUCAAAGUUCCUUUAGUUUACAGAAAAAUUAAGCCUUUUGUCAGAGUCCAGAUGAUACUGUGAUGCUGAAGUGCCAAAACAUUAGGUACACUUAAACAAGAGGCUCCAUGGUCCUUAUUUUGGUACAGACUCACCGAGAGCCAAAACUAUAACUUUGUCAUGUCUUUAGUCUCAUAACAUAAAGUUGUAAUUCUCAUAGUGUCUUGCCUUAACGACUUAAAAACUUAUUUUGGCCCUAACACUCCAUUGUACAUUAGAAACAUUAGCUUUGUUUAGCUUUACUUUACGAAUGUCAGCUCAUGUUACUAAAACAACGAGAAGCACAGAAUCAAUAUCUUAGAUCUGAGCUAUGAACUCCAGUUAUUUAGAUAAAAUAACAAAAAUCACCACUACAUCCCUUGAAACAGCUGAACUACUUGGUCUGUUGUGGAUGACGCCAUCUUUGCCAUGUAAAUCGCUUUUAGUUCUCAAUGGUUGCUGCAGCAACAGCAGGAGAGGUUGACAAGGAAGCGUUACUCUCUAGAAUCUUAUCGCUGGACAUCUCCGUUUUUCACACUUUACUUAUAAAAGAUAAAAAAAGAUUAAAUGACUGAUAAGGAAAGUUUUUCUAUUUUUCAGUCCUUUUUUUGACGUUUAAAGCCUCUGAGAGAAGCGUACAAUACCUGCAAGAAUAGUAGCAUCCUCUUUUCCCUCUAUUUAAUGGGAGCAAUGACGUGUGUUUCCAGAAAACUGCAGUAGAGGGCAGUAUUGCAAAGGAAUAAGAUGAACAUAUUUCCACAUCAUAGGAGACUAAGUAUUUAACUUAAACAUUCACUUAUUCUCUGUGGUGUCCUUGUAGUAAAACUGACUGUGAAUUGCAGUAACGUGGUCCAUGUUUUCCUUGAUUGCAGGAUAAACUGUACCGCGUUACAGUUUGACAGUCGCGUGGCUGUGUGCUGUGAGAACUGUCUCUAUUCUGGGACAGGGCUUUCUUGUUGUGGGGAGAAGUCCUUCAACCCAGCAGAAGCAACCUGUUGUACAGAAAAGCAGGGGCACAGAGUAUCAGGUAACUGCAACACCUUGUGUAGCAACUGCUUUCCUUCGACAAAAAAAGCCGCUGGGGUUUAGGUUCGCAUGCAUCUGUGACUCACUUGAAUGAUCAGUCCAAUUCAAGUGUUAGAAAAAAUGAUUUAUUGUUCAAAAAACAGGGAAAGAAAACACGCUGCUCCAGGUCCAAUACUUUUGCCUUCAACUGAAAAGGUAACAUGAGGUUAAAACAGGAUGGAUGAAUGAAUCGGUGAAAAACAAUGAGAAACGGUCAAAAAUGAUCAAAACGCUCAAAAAACGGUCAACAGAAAAUUACCAGUGCUUACCAAACCCAUUGUCUGACUGCACCUGUGAGUUUUAAAUAACCCGCCAAACAUCCCAAAACCACACCCCUCAGUGACAAUCCCGGAAGUGACGUGCCUACAAAAAUAAAAAUUUCGAUUAAUAUAUUUUGGCUCCUACACCUUGUUUUCAACCACAUACAUUUGCGGGUCUGAGGAGCUAGCAAAAAAAUAAAGAAAAAAAACAGCAUUAAAACCUUGAAAACGAAAAACUUAACCCGUAAAAUCAGGAGACCUAAACGUAUGAAAAUAUUUUACACAUGAACACAUAGUAAAACAUGUAAUAGUCUGUAAAUGCCCUUAUUGGUCACUCACUUCAUGAAAUUCAGCUAUGCUCAUUUUUGACAUGUGCAGCAAGCAUCAUGUUAAAAAUAGACACACUAAGAUCUUUGAAUAAGUGCCAGAGAGUUCAUUCAGCUUAAACAUGAGCCAUAAAAAAUAUAUGUCCUCCCCUCACCUCAGCCAAUGAUGAAAGCCCUUACUCUGACAUACAUGAACCUACUUUAAGUGCUGAACUGUUAUGUUGAUCAGCUAUUGCAUCAGGCAGAGCUGAAAGUUGCAUCUAAGUGGGCACUCCCAGUCUUGGUGAGUCAUUUUUUGGGAAGACUCCUCUGGACAGAUGUCCAACAUUUUUGCAAGUGAUGUCUCCUCGUCUGAUAUCAGCCCCUCACAUCACACGUACGCUUCUGGGUUAAAAAAAAUUCUGUCCACUAAUUCAAAUAACAAAUAAUAAUAAACUUUAUUUAGACUGCAUCUUUCAAGAGCAGUUAUAAAGUGUUAAACAGUCAUCAAUUACGAAAGAUAAGAUGACAAAACAUAAACAUCAACAAAUAGCAUUUUAGCAGCCAAAAUCCUGGUCAUGAAAAGGCAAGUCUAAACAAAUGGGUUUUCAACCGCUUUUGGAAAGUAUCCACAGUGUCCACAGUUCUUAGUUCACAUGGAGACAGUAUCAAAGUUUUGGAGCAAAUGACUCAAAUGCCUAGUCUUCUUUAGUUCAGAGUCUGGUCCGAGGGACAACCAGCAAACCCUGGUCAGAGGAUCUUAGAGUCCUGGUGGUGUUAUAUGGCUUCAGCAGGUCUCUAAAGGCAUGUACAAUCAUCUCAAGCUCAUUUCUGGACACUAUGGGGCUGAGUUUGGAUGUAUUUCUCAAAUGAUGAAAAGAUGAGCAAACCAGUCCAUUUACAUGCUGCUCCAGACUAAAGCUCCCCAAAACUGAAAUCCUUUCUCUGAACUUGGAAUUUCCAUGUCUGGAUGUAGUAUUCACAACGUUUGUCUGUUUCUGCACAGCUCUGUAUCUUGACAUCUUCUCUCUGUCUUUGCAGCAAAUGUAUCAGUGGGUCUGAGCCAAAGUGUGUCAUCUUGCUGUGGCCUGAAGGCUUUUAACCCUCUAAAUGAGAUAUGCUGCAUGUCAAGCGUCAUUGUCAAGACUACAGCAAAUGCUGAGUGUUGUGAUAGAAGUGAGUAGGCCUGUGAAGUGUUUUGAAAGAAUCCACUCCUUUCCCUAAGAACCAGUUAGUUUCUUUUUCAGUUAUUGUGUCAGUAGUUUAUGCCAUUUCAACCUACAUACUGGAUCCUGACUGGAUGGCAGGUGCACAUUCAUUCAUCAACCUGGCUUUGUAACCACCACUUCCAUAGUUUUAUGGUUUAGUUGCAUAUAACAUCUUGUGAUGUUCUGCAGCUGGUAGUUGUGGAGGAUGUCAAAGUGAUACGAUGUAAAAGCUCCUCUUGAUCUUCUCCACAGUGGCAUACGAUCCACACAAUGAGCUUUGUUGUGGCCCUCAUCAAAAUAAAACAAUCCUGAAAAGAUCCUCUAAACAUCACGAGUGUUGUGGACAUGGCCAGUUUGACACUUUGACUCAGUGCUGUUGUGAGGUGGAUGGUGCUUUGAGGGCACAACCCAUUACCUCCGUCUGCUGCCCAGAGGAAGAAGGUAGGUCUGAAUGUCUUCCUUGAAUUAUGUACCAAAGUUUCAGACGUCUUCAUAUCCCUGGUUCCAGUCAGUUUAUUUUCAAGUUUAGAGACUGUAAAGUGGCCUAAAGAUAACAGGGGGGAACUUUUACUGUGACAGACAAUGGCAGUGCUGACAUCCACAUGUACUUUAAAUCCUUUAUGCCUUAUGUUCAUAGGUGUGCAACCACAGGUAAGAAACAUACUUUUAUGUCUCUUAAGUGAUGAAUUCCUCUCUUUUUUUGAAACUGCAUUUACCAUGUACCAACCCUGGCAUACAAACCACUCUGAGAGCUCAACAAAACUCUACUUUUACAAAUCUAGAUCAUCGUCAUAAAUAAUUUUAGAGUGACAGAAAAACAGUGACAAAAAUAGAGCAUGUACUUUUUAAAGUGUUUUUUUUUCUGUGUCAUAUUUUAGAACCCUGCACCUCAACUCAACUGGUAAGUCAACCAAAAGUGAUUUGUUUCAUACCAAGAUCAAGUCUUCAUUUCCAGUAGCUCAGUAUGUUUCCCCACUACAUUUAUCAUUUAUCCAUGUUUCCAUCCAUCAUGCUUUCAGUAAAACAUCUGAAAGUCUGAUGAAUGACAGCUAAGAUGGUGAUCAGUUCUGAUAAAGAUCUUUGGCUGAUGCCUUUGAUUAGUUACUGUUUUUAGACCGCUGUAGACAGAGUGAUACAUUUUAAAAAGUUCAAGUCACAUUAUCUUCUAUACCAGCACAUAUGAGACGCCUCAUGUCCAAUCAGAUUAAACUAACAGCUGUUUCUUUGUUCUCAUCUUUGCACGUCUGCAGCACUGUACUGCACACAAGUCUACCUAGUUCGUCACGUUUGGACCGUAUCCAAGGUAUAACAUUGUGUGGUUUUGUGUGUCUCAGUGGUGCUGUUGUGAGCUGUUAUCUUACAUUUAAGUAGUUGUUGUCAACUGGUUUCUGUUUUAGUGCAAUGUAGACAAAACAAACAGAGGCUGCAUUUACAGCUAACAGAGAACCUCAGCAUUGUGCCAGACAUUUGCUCAUUUUCAGCAGCAUGAAAAGUAAAACAACAGACUGGUGGAUAAAGAUGACACUGUUAAUGCUAUCUAGAUGGCAGAAGUAGCUGCCUUACACGUGAAAAUAUGUUACACAUGAUCAUUUAGUGAAACACGUAAUAAUCUGUAAAUGCCCCUAUUGGUCACUCACUUCAUGAAAUUCAGCUAUGCUCAUUUUUGACAUGUACAGCAAGCAGCAUAUUAAAAAAAAGACACACUGAGAACUUUGAAUAAGUGCCAGAGAGUUCAUUCAGCUUAAACAUGAGCCUUAAAAAAAUAUAUGUCCUCCCCUCACCUCAGCCAAUGAUGAAAGCUCUUAUUCUGACAUACAUGAACCUACUCUAAGUGCUGAAUUGCUAUGUUGAUCAGCUAUUGCAUCAGGCAGGGCUGUUAGUUAAGGGGUUACUCCAACUGAGUUUCACACGUAUGAUGUUUAUUUAAGUCAAAGAGGCACUCCCAAUCCUGGUGAGUCAUUUAUGGGGGGAACCCUGGCUGUUUUACCACAAGUACACAAACCCUCUGGACAGAUUUCAAAAAUAUUUUGCAAGUGAUGUCUCCUCGUCUGAUAUCAGCCCCUCACAUCACACGUACACUUCUGAGUGAGAGAGCAAAAAUUUUCCAUCCACGAAUUCAAAUAAAUAAUUAUAAACUUUAUUUAUGAAGUACCUUUCAAGAACAGUUAUCGUAAAGUGCUUUACAGUCAUCAAUUUUCAAAAGAUAAGAUGACAAGACAUAAACAUCAACAAAAAGCAUUUUAGCAGACUAAUAAAAUGGGUUUUCAACCAUGUUUUGAAAGUAUCCACAGUGUCCACAGUUCUUAGUUCACAAGGGAGAGAGAUCCAAAGUUUCAGAGCAAAUGACUCAAAUGCCCACUCUCUUUUAGUUCAGAGUCUGGUCCAAGGGACAACCAGCAAACCCUGGUCAGAGGAUCUUAGAGUGCUGGUGGAGUUAUAUAGCUUCAGCAGGUCUCUGAUAUAAGCCGAGGCUUGUCCAUGCAAAGCUUUGUACACAAUAACAAGUAAUUGGAUUCUAAAUUGAAUGGGGAGCCAUUGUAAAGACUAGAGGAUAGAUGUGACGAGACCAUUUGGAAAAUCUUGUCAGGAGCUUAGCUGCAGCAUUUUGAACCACUUGCAGGCGGUUCAAAGAAGUGGUAUUUGUGAACAAAGAAUCACAGUUAUCCAGACGAGAUGAAAUGAAGGCAUGUACAAUCAUCUUAAGCUCAUUUCUGGAUCCUGACUGGAUGGCACGUGCACAUUCAUUCAUCAACCUGGCUUUGUAACCACCACUUCCAUAGUUUUAUAGUUUAGUUGCAUAUAAUGCCUUGUGAUGUUCUGCAGCUGGUAGUUGUGGAUGAUGUCAAAGUGAUACAGUGUUAAAGCUCCUCUUGAUCUUCUCCACAGUGGCAUAUGAUCCAGACAAUGAGCUUUGUUGUGGCCCUCAUCAAAAUAAAACAAUCCUGAAAAGAUCCUCUAAACAUCACGAGUGUUGUGGACAUGGCCAAUUUGACACUUUGGCUCAGUGCUGUUGUGAGGUGGAUGGUGCUCUCAAGGCACAACCCAUUACCUCCGUCUGCUGCCCAGAGGAAGAAGGUAGGUCUGAAUGUCUUCCUUGAUUUAUGUACAAAAGUUUCAGAUGUCUUCAUAUCCCUGGUUUCAGUCAGUUUAUUUUCAAGUUUAGAGACUGUAAAGUGGCCUAAAGAUAACAGGGGGGAACUUUUACUGUGACAGACAAUGGCAGUGCUGACAUCUACAUGUACUUUAAAUCCUUUAUGCCUUAUGUUCAUAGGUGUGCAACCACAGGUACUUUUAUGUCUAGUGAAUUGUCUCUUUUUUUCUCUUCAUUGCAUCGUUAAAAAUUUGACAUAAAAUGAAAAAUGGCCAUCCAAGUGAAUUAAUUUUCCAGUAACAGAUCAGCCUUUGUAUCAAUGAAAACCACUGUUUUAGAAAUCCUGUGGCUUAAAUAGACAGGCUAACAUUUACUAACCACGAAGAAAAGGAAAACAAAAACAAAGAGAACUUGUUGUAGUUGAACUAGUGAGAUAUUAUCUUUUUUCUCAUGAGGACAGUUUCAAGAACUGUAUCUCAGUCUGUUUUAAGAUAGAUUAGAAAGGAUUGAUUUUUACAAGUAUAUGUUACAAAAGACAUCCGCAUAAUAAUUAGAGGUGAAAGUAAAAGUUAAAAGAGGAAAUCCAGUCAGUUUGAAGUCAACCCUCUCAACUUUCAACCUAUUGGAAUAAAUGGAAAAGAUUACACUGGUUGACGCAAAUCCUAUCUGUAGACUGCUGCCAGAAUUGUUUCAGGCACAGCCAAUUUAUUGCAUUUUGUAUGUGCCAGAUCCCAGAGAAGAUGGCUAAGAUGUGGGAAAAUACUGUAAGGAAGGUUGUGAGGGACUAUCUGUUUGGACAGAGGCCUUGGAAAAACUGUAAUCAGAUUACGUUUGAAAAUGUCAUAAAACUGACAACACUUUAUCAUUUGAUAAAGCAGAUCAAAUGACAUUUUUAGUGUGUGAGUUCAUACUGAUGUCAACUCUUCCUUGUGAUAACUAUUAUCCCAUUAGACUUGUUGGGGCCUCUCCCAACAGCAUAUUGGUGUGUCUCUCUGUAUUGUGUUGUCUGUGGGAAAAAAAAACACGUCAGUAGUUUCUCAGCAUUUUCCUUUGGGAAGAUAAGAUUUAUGUGUAAGAAUCAGAUGGGGUUUUUUUUCCCUUGGGAGAAAAUUUUUCUAAACUGUUAGUUCUUGUUGUCUGAUAUUGGGCCAUCUUUUUAAAGGAUUCAAAAGAGUUUUAUUUGUUAUUCCAGUCUACAAGAAUGAAACUAGAACUGAGUACCUGGUAUCAGCCAUAAGAUCAAAUAGUAAAAACUUAAAAUAAAAACCUGAAGGAAUCAUAAUAAAAUCAACACUAAUAUUUACAUUAAAAGUAUAAUGAUGAUUCACAGUACACACUUGGGUACAGACCAGAAGAGUAAUUGAAGUGAAAACAGGCUUUUGUACAAGACAGAAUACAGUAAGGUGUAAAUGAAUCGAGGUAAGUUCACAUUAUUGCACAUGUGGCGUCCUUCUCCCUGGAUGAGAAGCUUACAGAGCAUUUCCAGAGUUCAGCAGUCUCACAGCUGUGGGAAAGAAGCUGUUUUCUCAGUCCGGUAGUCCUGUUCCAGAUGCUCCAUGGUCAAUUCCUUGAGGAAAGGGCAAAUAUGUCUGAGUCACCCAGACUCUCUGUAUCAUGUACUUCAGACAUCAUUCAUGCCCACACCCUCUCUCCACGUGCUCAGACUCCAGAGUUUCUUGGCCUGCUCUGCAUAAACUCAAUCAAUCAAUCAAUCAAUCAAAUUUUAUUUAUAUAGCGCCAAUUCACAACAGUCGUCAUCUCAAGACGCUUUUCAAGGAACAAGAGCAGGUCUGGACCACGCUCAUUGUUUGAUGAUCAAGAACCAACCUAAGAUGGGUUUUGGCCCAUCUCAACUAACAUGAGUUACAGUGGCAAGGAAAAACUUCCUUUUAACAGGCAGAAACCUUGGGCAGGACCAGACUCAUGCCAGACAGCCACCAUGCCGCUGCUGGGUUGGGGAGGAAUGUAGAGAGAAGAGGGGAGAGGGGGAGAGGACAGGGGGAGGGAGAGAGACAACAAGAUGGGGGAAAGGCGAGAGAGAAUGAGUAUGGAGAGGGAGGGGGAGGGAGAGAGAGUAGGGAACGAGGGUGAGAGAGAGACAGGAGGCAGCAGGAACAACAGCAACAACAACAACAGCUCAUGUAAUGGUGAAACAAAAAGAAGUUCAGUUUACAGGUUUAGGAUAUGAGUGAUAAUGGACAAUGUUGAAUUAAUUGAGUGCGAUUACAGUUAGCAGGCUUAAUCGUAGUCAGUUCUAUUUUGUAUUAUUAAUGUCAACAAUGACAGUGAGGCUGAUGUCCAUGUCUACAGUAACAGCAACAGUCCAGAGGAAUCAGAGAGAAGAAGGAGCUCAGGGCCGGGGGGGGGGGGGGGGGGGGGGGGGGGGGGGGGGGUCUGCGGCAACGGUCCAGAGGAGCCAAAGAGCCAAAGAGUUGGAGGAGCUCAGGGCCCAGGGUGGAUGCAGCUGGGGUCAGGCAGUUCCGCAGCAGACCUGUUUGCAGCAUUAGUCCAGUGGCAGCUAAAAGACUCAGAGACACUCAGAGAGACAGAAAACUGGUCAGUGACUUAUAUGGGACAUAAAGAUCUAAAGAGGAGAUAGAGACAGACUCUAGCUCAGUGUGCCAGAUAGCCCCGGCAGUCUAGGCCUAUAGCAGCAUAACUAAGAGCUGGUUCAUAUCAGCCCUGACUAUAGGCUUUAUCAAAGAGGAACGUUUUAAGUCUACUCUUGAAUAAACUGAUCUUUCUUGUAUCAACACUCCUUUGUCUAGGUCAACGUAAUGUCUCCAAUAAGAGUAAUCCACUUGCACUUGUCUGCUGUGGUGGCUGUAGAUCUGGGUGGAGGCCUUCAAUUGAUCAAGUAUGUACUACAGACUUUUUUCUUGAGUUACUCAGCUGGGUGGGGUCUAACAGUUUUUUGUGGGUUUUAUUGUAAAAACAAUCAAACAAAAUAAAAAAAACGCCCAAUCCUGGGAAAAUAAUUACUACCUAUCUCUUUUUUAGUUUAAACAAUCUUUAAACCUAUUAAAGUGAUAGUUAUUCAUCUAGCUUAUCACUGUAAAGAAAAAAACAAAAACUUCGCUUCUGCGGCGCAGCUACGUUGAAGACGAGCUCAGGGCUCCACCCCGCUCCUUUUAUACAGUGAGUGAGGAUGUUUUGUGCCUGAAGGACAAAAGCCCAGCUAAUGUAGGUGUCUUAAAUAUUUACUGGAUUUGGAAAAGGAUAUUAUAUAAAUUUCCUAGUAAGAAUGAACAUUUUUUGCACGUUCUGCUCAGAUUUGCAUGAGCUUCAUGCUCUUUGUUUUCAUAUUUCUUCCUGAAUUUAUGCAUACAUGUUUAUGCUCCUAGAUGGGCGUCUGAGAAUGUGUGUGUGAGACUGUCUGCUCUGCUGAACUCCUAAUUGAACUUUCUUCUCUCUCUGCUCAAGCACUCCAGAAGGACACUGCAUAGAUUGGCAAAGAACGGAGCCCUCUGUUGUGAUGAGAUCUUGCACACAGACGGAGCGGAGGUAGAGAAAUCCUUGGACUUAAGUGAUACUCACCACCAGGCUGCAGGUACCAUAUGCCGUUCACAGUUUCAUGCCUCUCCAGGACAGCACUGCUGCGGAAAAGAUGUCUACGAGCCUCAGAAGGAGAUCUGUUGCAAUGAGUACAGGUGAUUACAUGUGCAUGUGAGCUUAAGCUGACCCUUUAAAAUACUGAUGAAUUUCAGAGGAAUUAAAACCUUGUUCUGUCAGAACCACCCUGAUAUCUUGCAGCAUCUGGUCUUGCAUGGGCUCUUUGUAGUUCCGACAGUGUGCUCUAACGGCACAGAAAAGGGUUGAUUUGGGAUUUUUUCAUGUGUGUGUUCUGGAGUGCACACAGGAAUUUUACAGUUUCAGACAAGGAGUGGCUGGGAAAACCUUGAUAUUAUAGAAUGUCUCAGACAGUGGGUGUUGUGAUCCAAGUGUUUCCAGGCAUGCUUUAAAAAUGCACCCAGCUACUGAGCCAAGGAAUGUCUUUUAGGCUGGGAUGGCUGCUGUUGACUCCUAAAUAUUUAUGUUCUCUUUGGCUGGUAUUUUUGGCUAUCUGAAUGUUUUAUAUCUGUAUAUAUAUCCCUAUAUUUGUAUGUGCAUGUUCUUAUGCUCACAAGUGACUUUCUCCUCAUCCAGAUAUUUACGAAAUGUUAUUGGAGCUGUGGUUUAAGCUUUGGCCAAGCUUUUUGGAGCCAAACAAGACUAUUCCCACCCUUCCAUUUUUUUGACCAUGAAGUAUUUGACCAUGAUUUAUCCAGAAAAAUUAUCACACCCACCCCUAAUUUUUUUCCAGCUUUUUAACAUUAGCGUAGGUUGUAGAUUUAGUUCAAUAUUUGCCUUUUUAUUUUUUCUUAUUCAUCAAUUUCAGGUACAGCUCACUGUUUAUUUUUCCCCGCACAAACAGACAAAAAGCAUCAGUGCUACAUUUCCUGUAUUUGAUAGCAGAAGGUCAACGCUUUAAUACAGAAAAAAUUAUAUCCGUAAAAGAAAAAGUUUGGCGGAGACGGCUAGGGGGACACACAUGCAGAUGCCUUCUGUGUCUUUGUUAAAUGUGUAGCGACAAAUGAGUGAAAAUGACUUGUCUAGUUAAUUGUUUGUGUGUGUUGGCUUCUUGGUACUUUAUUCCCCUCUGUCACAUUAAUGGGAAAAGGUCAUGUGUAGACACAAUGCUGAGGGGGUUAUUUUCAAUCCAAUGCACUUGAUCUUUAGAGGAUAUUUUGCAGGAGGUCAAAGUUGUACUGUUCUGUUGUGUCAUCCCAUAUAAAAAGGGACAAACAGACAGAAAGUACCCUAAAAUGAACAGGCUGCCAGUGGGAGGGAGGAAAGGCUGUUUGGAGGCGAGCAGCGGCAGUUUGGACUGACAGUGGAGCCCGAUUAACGCCAAACUGUCAAAACAAGUAGAAAUUAAGGCAUCCAGCAGUUGCUCAAAAUCAUUAAAAGAUAAAACAUAACAAGUAUAACUGUUUGCCUCUGUCUAUGCAAGUGAACCAUAUUUUAAAAAAUAUCUGUGCACCUACAAUGUCUUAAUUUUGAGCAAUUUUAUGAUCAAAUUUUUCAUGGUCAUGGCAACUCCACUUUGAAAAUAUUGUGAUACUUGUGUAUUUUUAAUAAUCGGAGUUAAAUCACCCUGCUUAACAGCAAACAAAGCAUUGCUCUAUGAACAAGCUGCUCUUCACUGCCCUGCUCAAGUCACUGAACGUAAUAAUAAUGACACAUUUUAUUUAUAUUGCACUUUACAUCUAAGAAAACAGAUCUCCAAGUGCAUACAGUAAAAGGCAAUAGGAAAAAAAAACAAUAAAAAGAGCAACAGAAAAUAAAAAUAAGAAAAUAAAAUCAGCCCGGAAAAGCUUUUCUAAAAAGACAGGUCUUGAGUCGUUUUUUAAAAAGCAUCUACUGUCUGUGGAGCUCUGAGGUGGUCAGGAAGAGUGUUCCACAGACGGGGAGCAGUAACCUCAAAGGCCCUGUCACCCAUGGUCAUGAGCCGAAUCCUGGGCGGGUGCAGACGGUGCAUUUGGCCUGAAUGGUUUCUAGUUGUAAGAUGUAUUAAAAACCUGUGCAGCAUAGGCAGCUGUAGCAGCCCACAUAGAAAGAGAAGAUCUAAGUACAACAGCUGCUCUGUGUAUCGAGUCUCACUGUACGUUCAGGCAUGGGAGUCUGGAACUUUUCCACAGUCUCACGGCUUCCAGAAAAAGCUAUUUUUCAGCCUGGUGGUCCUUGCCUGGAUGCUGUGCAGCCUUCUCCCUGAGAGGAGGAGGGAAAACAGUCCGUGUGCAGGGUGUCAGGCUCAGGGUGUCAUCAUGCCCGGUCAGGUUGUUGUUGAUGUGUACCCCGUCUCCACAGCUGUGCCAUCAAUGUAGAGGGGAAGAGGUGCAGUGCCAGUCUUUCUAGAGUACACAGUCAUCUCCUUUGUGUUAUUGACAUUUAUGAUGAGAUUGUUCUCUUCGCACCUCAGUCAUAGUCGGCCCACCUCUUUCCAGUAUAGUGACUCCUCCUUGUUUGUGGUGAGCCUCACCACUGCUGUGUCAUCGGAGAACUUCAGUCAUGGUGAGCCCUCUGCAGUCAUGUGUAAGCAGUGCACAAAGCAGUGGGCCAAGGAUGCAGCGCCGAGGGCAGCAAGUAGUGAGGAUGAUGGUUGACGAUAUAAAGUUACUGAUCCUUACUGCCAGGGGUCUGUAAGUCAAAAAGUUCAAGGUCCAGUUCUGGUUUAAUGGGGCAAGACUGGGUGCUGAUGUUUUUUCACCAGUGUCUGUGGAGUUGUUGUGUUGAGGGCACAACACAAGUCCAGAAACAUAUUCUCUGGGUGUGUGAGAGAGUGGUGGACCACAGCAGUGAUGGCAUUAGCUAUGGAGCGGUUUGGCCUGUAUGCAUACUGAUGAGUGUCAGCAGCUGAUGGACUUUUUUUUAUCUGCACCAUAACCAACCAGGAGUAAGAGUGAUCAAUAAUAGCUACUGAGACAGAAGACUAUUGAAGUCUUUGACACGGGGAUGAUGGUUGAGGUCUUGAAGCAUGGGACACUUAGAAGUUAAAAAUGUCCUUCAUGCCAGAAGAGAGCUUUUAGAACCCACCUGGGACUCAUUUGGGGCCUAUAGCUUUGCAGGGGUUUACUUUCUGUAUUGUCAUCCUCACCUCAGUUAAGAGAGGGUUCACCAGGCAAAGAUGUGAACCUGGUGGUAGUGGUGGUGUGAAAGGCCUAAAAGGGGCAUUCAUGGAGUUGAGAGCAUCAGGUAGUGACAGUUUGGAGGGCAUUGUGCAUCUUUCAUGGUAUCUUCUCAUGGUAUGUCCUGUAGCAUCAGAAAAAUGUCAUAUGAACAUAUAAAAAACAAGAAAAACAUGAUUUCCAUUGGAGUGGGUCUUUAAAUAACAACAAUAUUAGUAAUACUUUAUUCUAAAUCUGCCUCUUAUGUCUCCUCCCAGAUAUCCCAAGGUCAAAAACCUCCACUGCUGUGGUGUUCAAGCGUACAACAUCAAGGACAGAUUGAAGAAGUGCUGCGCAGGAACGCUCUACAACCUGAUGUCUGGCCAGUCUGCAGAUGAUGUACAAUGCUGCGGGUCCAUCCUGAAAAAAACAUCGGUAGGUCUUUGUCAUAAUACCAGUAUCAAUCAUCACUCAGAAUAUUUCCAGGACCUUAAAUGUAACCUUCAAAUAUUCAAGGUCAAUGUAUUAUAUUUCCCUCCUGCAUUCACUUUUAGCUGUGUACAGUCUGAUAAGGCAGUCAGAUAAGCUCCAAAAAGUUCCCUCACCAACACCAAAGUUUAGCUCGUUUCGAACCAUCAGUGCAUCCAGACUUUUGUUCUGGGGUUCAGAGGUUGUAGUCUUUGUGUUGUCUGUAUAUUUGACUCACUCUGUGUGUGUAUAUAGAACAAGCAGGUGAGAUCCGAUCACAAAUGGUCAUAAGGUCAAGUGUAAACUGAUUAACCCCCAGUUUCCACCACAUCUGAAAUGGCUAUAAAAUGGCCGUAUCCGCCAAUCGCAGCUGAUAGUAACCCUUCAAGUCACAAACAGAUCCGGUAGGAAUCGGCGGACGGCGAAAAUCGCCGCCGUUCCGGAUCUGACCCAUUCUGGAUGUGGUGAAAAUUGGGGGUAAAGCUGCCCAGAUGUUAUCUAAAAGUCAAAGACACAUUGAUAUAACUAGGUGUAAACUAUCUUUGAGAAGUGUCUUAUCAAACUUUAGAAAAGACAAGGUCAAAAUAUACUCUGAUUCUAGCUCUGACUGUCAAUGUCACCCUUCAACUUUUUACCCAGGAUGUUUGCUGCAGAAGUGAGGACAAGGAGCUGCUCUACUCUGCCAAGUUGGGGUUCAGGUGCUGCGGUGAAAGUUACUACAACGCCUCCCUCUGGUCUUGCUGUGCAGGAAGGCUGUACAACAAGCCAGAACAGCAUCAGAGAAAGUUGAGUAAAGGUCAGUUGUGCUUCUCCGGAGUUCUCACUUCAAGAAACAGUCUUGAUCUUUAAGAUUUUAACUUGGUAUGUUUGCCACUUCCUCGUGUAUCAUGUUAUUUUCCAGAAUCCGGACUUCUGUCGCUGAACAACCUGGCUGAAGUGGAUCUUUGUGGAGAAAGUAAGAUAUAACUUAUUUGUGAACUAAUACAAAAUAAUGUUAAGAAUAUACAGUACGUGGUUUGUUGCUAUAAUGCAUUUCUUCUUAUUGUUUAGUGUACAUCGGGAUUGUGGACAGUGUGUCUCCGCACAGCGUUGUGUUCAGCAGUGUGGUGAAAAUCCAUGGAUGGAACAGCACUGUUGAACAUCUGACCUCGACUCACUAUCUGAGGAUGCACGACUACUGUGGCUUCCCCAAACUGACCCCUGGAGAGACCUACUUCUUCAACAACAAACAUCACAUCUUUACUGAUUUCAACCACGACUCUAUUUACCAGUCCCUCCAGUUUAUUAUUUCCAAGUGUUACCGUCCUCAAGCAAGCUCAGGUCAACCUGCUCCAACAGACACUGUCGGUGUUUGA